AUGGACAAAGAUCUUCCUCAACUUUUUUCGGCUAUCGACACGGUUCUAAGUCUUCACUAUGCGUCGUCCAUCUCCACGCCCAAAGUGUACGAUUUGUGUGCCAAAGCCACGCGGCUUGUCCAUAAACGCAUCGAUUCCUCCACACUUGAGCGCAUCCUAGCCUAUGACGCGUCUCUCUAUAGAAUCAUCUCCAAUGGCGGAAGCGACUAUGACUUUGGAGUCGCCAUCCCGAAAGAUACCAGCAUUGCACGUUUUGGCUCUCUGUUGCCGCUGCGCCGCCGACACUUUGAGACUUUGGUUGAGAAGGGCAAAAACAAAUCUCCCGGUCCCGUUUCGUUGAGUUCGCUCGCCGAGGUCGAAAACCAGUCGGUUUCGCCCCGCAAAGCGUCGGUUUCGCCUACAAAAGCGUCCCGGCUGAAGAUCGAAAAGUCGCCGACAAAGGACAUGAAGAAUAACCGCUCACGGUUUCUUUUCAAGGAGAAAAUGUCCGAUGUGGAGUCGGCCAAAGCUAACGGGCUUUCUUUGCUUGAGCGCAUCCGCUUGAAGGAAAAGUUGCAAAAGGAAGCACUGGAUUGCAAUUCUCCGCAGGAAAGAUACGCCAGCCUCAUCCACAGUAAAAUGCCAUUGGUGUAUGAUGUACUCUACGAGCUUUCAAGCACCAGUGGACCGAAAGACUCGAUCCGCAACUUCACAAGUAUCCCUUUGGCAAAAGUCGUGUCGAUAGUCUGCGAUUCGGUACAUUUUGCUGUGGCGGAAUCUGAAAUUAGAGAUACCAUCAAAGCACUAGAACAUAAGUUGCCCAAUAUCCAAACUCUCGAAAGAGAUGGCGUGUGGGCGGUCAAAGUGUUCGACUUGGAUCGAGAGAAUGAUCUACGUUUGCUCAAACAGCACGUCUCUUAA